UGACGUAUGACGUGUAACCAGAAAGGUAAAAAUAAACACAUUAGAUCAUCAGGAAUUUCGACUGUCUCGACCGGGUCCAAGCGAGCAGCUUUUCUGAGAAAAGGUCAUUGCAGAAAAGUACACAGUGCAGUCAUGUCUUCUUCAGGAAUUUUCGCUCCUCUUACCACCUUUCUUGUCUUGUUUUUGCAAGCCAAUGCGGUGGAUUCAACUGAUCUAUGCAACCCAGACGAUUGCAAACUACCAGACUGCUUCUGCAGCGGAACCAAAAUCCCUGGCAAUUUAUCCCUGUCGUCGACACCUCAGAUUGUAAUGAUCUCAUUUGAUGCCGCUGUGGUUGACAAUGCGUUUCCUCUUUACGAAGAGCUAUUCGAUGGUACAUUGAAAAACCCCAAUGGAUGUAACAUCUCUGCUACAUUUUUCGUGUCGCACGAGUUCACGAACUAUUGCAUGCUGCAAACGUUGUACCACCAACGCCACGAAAUCGCUGAUAACUCCAUUUCCCGUCGUCUUCCACAAAGCUGGUGGGCAACUGCAACCAAGGAAGAACAGAUGCAGGAGAUAGGAGGCAUGAGAGAGAUUUUACGCAAAUGGGGCAACGUCCAAGUGAAGGAGAUUAAAGGUUACAGGGCACCCUACGUUCAGGUUGGCGGAAACACGGAGUUCGGUGUACUUCGGGACUUGGGUUUCCUGUACGAGUCUUCGAUGCCUACUCAAAACUUCAUUGAACCACCUUUGUGGCCUUAUACGUUAGAUUACCUAUCAACCCAAGAUUGUGUUAUCCAGCCUUGCCCGACUAGUUCUUUCCCGGGAUUAUGGGACGUGCCAUUGGUAGACUACAUCGACCAGGAGGGCAUCCUUUGCAAUUUCGUGGAAUCUUGCACUCCCCCCAACACUGUUGAGGAGGCUUACGAACUCUUCAAUUCCAACUUUGAGCGCCACUACACCACCAACAGAGCUCGAACCGUAAGCUUUCUCAAGAAAUUGGCGUCCAUGAGCGACGUAUGGAUAGUCACGGUUUCCCAAGCUCUAGAGUGGAUUCAGUCUCCCACGUCACUUAGAAUUAUUGAGGACUUUGCUCCAUGGAAAUGCGAUUCUCAGCCCCCAGCCGAUUGUCCUCCCGGUAGUUGCAAAACUUGUUACUAUCCACAAGCCAAGGGCUCGCCCGUGAUGAAGACUUGCGCCCCGUCGUGUCCACCAAAUUACCCAUGGGUAGGAAACCCGGAUGGAAACUGACCCGGAUUAAAUCGGACCCGGAUGAAAACCGACCCGGAUGGAACCUAACCGCAAUUAGUUACUGCCGAAGGCCGAAGGGCAAACGCUCCAAAUGUUAGCUUUAGAAGGCUCUUUGCGGUGGCUAAUUUACUUUUUGAACUCAGUUGAUAAAACCAAAUUGUCAAUGAAAACUAGUCGAGAUGACUCUUCUUUACAAUUAACUGAAUUUUCAUUCUAAUGAGAUUUGCAUACUUAUACUCCCAACAAAUAGGAUUUUAGGAGCUCGGUGAUCAUUUUAUUUGCAUUGAGACUAUAAUUUUUUUUUGGCUUUUGAUUUUCUGAAGAGAGUCUAUUUGUUUUGUUCUUGACUCUCUAUCCCAUAAUGAUUCAAAAUCGAAAAGGUAGAGGUAUGGUGGGCAUUCAAAGUGUAGUUUGAGUUUUUGUAAGGAUCCUACGUUUCGUUAACGCUGGGCACCAGAUUAUUAGAAGCGAUCUCACUAAAUGUCCGUUAAAGAUCAAGCAUUAAGAAAUGAAAGGACACUUAGUUCACUGAAAUCUUAAUGAUUCCCAUUUCCGAGUUCUUAUAUGUUAAAGAUGGAUGUGAGGCGCGAGAAUGAGGCUAAGCAGGGUUGGCUUAGCCUCGUUCUCGCGCCUCUAUUUCGGGGAAUCAGAUGAAUCUCAUUCUGACUGAACCAAAAUCCUCUGACUCCUUCCCUAGGGGAUGGCUAAUUAUCUUGAAUAGUUUUUAUUUUCAGGCGGGCUGCCAUUUUGGAUUUUAAAUGAGGAGCUGCCAAUUCUUAGCCUAUGACAAAUAAGUUGCAAAGUAGCAGGUUAGGAGAAAAGAAAUAAGUUGUAAAACUAAUCGAUGUGAUAAAUGCCAAAUGUAGUAAAAGUUAGUAAGUAAAUAAAUCAAUUAUGCUUAGUGUAAAA